GUGUAUAGGGGGGGUGCAAUACAAUGAAACCCUCAGGUACAUCUGCUUUGCAAUCUGCAAAUCCUCCCUCCAUCACCCCCCUCCAUCAGCCUCUCCAUCCUCCCACACCCACUCCCCAAAUCCACAGGGGACCUCGGCUCCUUCUGAUUGGUCGGGGAUGAGUCAACGAGGGGGGACGGGAACAAUGUCAUCAUGUCGCCUUAAAAAGAGUGCAGCUAUGUUGUGGUGAAAGCACCUCGGGAGGAGAACAGAGGAUCAAUAGCAGCAGGAAACAACAACAAAAAGACGCAUCAGAUGUUUCUGUCCGCCAGCGGCUGAAAGUGGAUUUCUUCUCCCCGCAGCAGCGUCCAAAGUGCCUUCAGCUCUCCAUCCAGCGCGAACAUGCCGAGAGGAUUUUUGGUGAAAAGGAACAAGAAAACCAACCCGGUGUCCUACCGGGUCCGCUCCGAUGAAGAGGAAGCGGAGCAAACAGCUGCUGAUGCGCCGCCGCUGUCCUCCUGUGCACCUCUCGCCUCCUUCCCGGUGCGCGCACAGACGCCGACGCCCACCUGCGGGGCGGCGGCCACGGUUCCGGAGCAGGUCGCCAGACCGUUGCAAUUCGGGAACCCGGAGGCUGUGUACCAGGCGCUCUACAGCCCCACCCGCCCUGUCAGCCAGGACCAUGACCGCUCCUACUUCGAGAGACGCUUCAACCUCGGAUCACCAGUUUCCGCGGAGUCUUUCCCUACACCAGCAGCGCUCCCCGCUUUGGACCACCUCUUCGCCCCGGUGGACCUGAAAAUCGGCUCCAGCAACAGCAGCCGCACCGAAACAAGCGCCACAUCCACCGCGGCGCUCCCCACCGCUGGGACCAAACGGCCAUCCAACGACACCGAGCGCAAAGGCAAACCGUCAUCCAAGAAAACCAAAGCUAUCCGGAAACUGCACUUUGAGGAUGAUGUCACCACAUCUCCGGUUCUCGGGCUCAAGAUUAAAGAGGCUCCGGUGGACCAGAAGACACCCAAACCGCAGCCACCCGGAGGUGACAACAUCCCGAUGGGUGAAUUCGUGUGUCAGCUGUGCCGGGAGGCGUACGCGGACCCGUUCGCUCUGGCGCAGCACAAGUGCUCCAGGAUAGUCCGGGUUGAGUACAGGUGUCCCGAGUGUGACAAGGUGUUCAGCUGCCCGGCUAACCUCGCCUCGCACCGUCGCUGGCACAAACCGAAGCCGCAGAGCGGAGCUCCCGGUGUGCAACAUUUGGAGAGCGACAAGGCGGCUGCGUGCGGUAAGACAGCGCCGGAGGAAGCUAAGGAUUCUAGUGACAGGGACACACCCAGCCCCGGACCGUCCGAGUCCGGCUCAGAUGAAGGGCUGUAUGAUUGUAAUCACUGUGGGAAAAAGUUUAAACGCCAAGCGUACCUGCGGAAGCACCUGGCGUCUCAGCACGGCUCCCCAAAACCGGCGGCGGAAGACGAGGACGCGCCGGUGUGCGAGCAGAGCGCGGCGCCGCUGAACCUGAGCUCCUCCACCUGCCACCCGUGUCCGGUCUGCGGGGAGAACUUUUCCAACAGAGGCAGCCAGGAGCGGCACAUCCGCCUGCUGCACUCCUCACAAGUGUACCCGUGCAAAUACUGCCCCGCCGUCUUUUACAGCUCCCCGGGACUCACCAGACACAUCAACAAAUGCCACCCGUCCGAGAACCGGCAGGUGAUCCUGCUGCAGAUGCCGCUCCGCCCCGCCUGCUGAUCCGGGGCUGCUUUCACACUGUCAGAUAACAACCAAGUCCAGCCUUGUUUCAGAAAGGAUUUUAGGGUUACACUGCAAAAAUACCAGUUUGUUUUUUAAAUGUUGGCUCCUAAAAAGUACUUUUUUAAAACCGUGUGACAUACAUAUGGCACUUUGGUGAGAAGAUGUAGGCUAACUCUGUUUGACUUUACUGUGAUGGGAGUGAUUUAUUUUCUUGUUUCUUAUUUGGUUAAAAAAUCACCAGAUUCUAAACAGAUCUCCUAUUUUAACACACUGAACUCCAAAUUUCUUAAACACUUCUAAAAUAACGUGUCUCAUUUUGCCUUAUUUGGGGAAUUUAAUUCAAGUAAAUGCACAAAUCACAUAAGAAUACAGAGGCAUUUGUCCUUGCAUCACCAUUUCCUGGCAGCUUUUGAGGUAAAAGAAGAAAUGAAAGGGUAUUUUUUGCAGUGUGACUCCUACAGUAACGAUAAUGUGACUCACAUGCACCAAUUUGUAGAGGUCAGAGGUCAGCCGCUCACCUGCAGCUGGCAGGGAUUCAGUGCCUUGCUCAAGGACACUUCAGCAGGUUCUGGGUGUGUGUUUGAACCCUGCCCUAUAACGCCCCCCCCCC